CCGAUCGGUGCAGCAACGGAAAAGGAAAACUUCACCGCGGUUUCUCGACUUUAUUCAAAGUUCGAUGCGCUUUGAUUGAUUUCGGAAAACGGCUUGUGUUUUUUUGUAGUGGAUUUAAAAAAGGGGAGAAAAUAACAGCGUUUGUCAAUAUAAAUGAAGUGCAGAAAUUGAGCUGAAAGUGUGUUAAGUUGAGUGCAAAUCAUUUGCUGGCAAACGGUGAUACAUUGUCGGGCAUUAUCUCUUAUCGGGAAGUGCUAUAAAACUCAGUGAUUUUAUCAGUCAGUGUAUUCGGUGUCAGCUCGACGCAAAGGGUUCCCGUUCCAAGUGACCGAACGUGGAUGAGGCGCAUUGUUUGAAUAUACAACCCCUUUGCCAAGUAACGCCCCGUUUGAAGUUUCGGUAGCUGAUUAACUGCAGCCGUUGUCGCAUGUGGUAGCCAGGGGCCGCGAGUGCGUGUGUGUUUUUAAUUCGGAACUCAUCUCGCCUUCACUAUAAUUGCCCUUGAAGUUUGGCAUUAAUUAGCUGCAGCGCACAGAACCCGCAGUGGGUGAGCAGUGAAGCAAAAAAAAAAAAGGAAACCCUUUCACCGAACGUAAAACAGGACCACCACAGUGUGAUAAACAUAAAAGCACGGACCGAACAAUACGCCGUCCAUCCCGUCCAACGUACGAUCACAUCCUAAUCAACCGAGAACGUCACAGGGUGUCUUUAGGUUGUUUUUAUGAUUGCAUCGUGAAAUUAUUAUUACCAUAAUCAUCUGCUCGGCUCGUCGGACGAGGGACACUCCACCACACCGUCUGCAGUGUGCGGCCUGGGCGAGGACGCGCAUCACACCAGCUGGACCGGACAGACUCGGAAGGGUUCUAUUCUCUUUUCAUCGAUAGCGCACGAGUGCGCCUACCUCGACACGAUUGCGCUGCUCGACGCCAUGCCGGGUACCUGUCACCGGCUUCGGAUACCAUCGAUCGUCUCCAGCCGCUCGUCCAAGAGUGGCGUUGGAGCGUCGUCCUCCUCAUCCUCGUCUUCGGCCGGUGUAUCCGCCGGACCCUCGAUUGCCGAUGACGAGGAUCUGUUCGGAUGCGAGGGUGGCUUGCCCUCGUCUCCACCGGCCACGGUCAAGAAGGAACGUCAUCGGGUAACGAUGAUGGGUGCGGCACGCGUUGGCAAAUCAUCCAUCAUCUCCCAGUUCCUGUACGAGAAGUAUCUGUCCCGGUACAAGCAAACGAUCGAGGAGAUGCAUCGCGGCGAGUACGAGCUGCCGGAUGGAUCGAGCCUGACACUGGACAUCCUGGACACGUCCGGGUCCUACCAGUUCCCGGCCAUGCGGGCGUUGUCGAUCAACACCAGUGGAGCUUUCAUAUUGGUUUACGCGGUGGACGAUGAGGAAACCUGGAACGAGGUGGAGCGAUUGCGGGAACAGAUUAUCUCCGUACGAGGCACCCGAGUACCGAUCGUGAUCGUCGGCAACAAAGCAGACGUUCCCGAGGAGCAACGCCAGAUCCCGUUCAAGGUGGCACGCUCCCGGGCCCUGCUCGAAUGGGGCUGUGGAUAUGCCGAAUGCUCCGCCAAGAACAACGAAGGCAUCCUGACCGUCUUCAAGCAGCUGCUCCGGCAGGCCAACAUCGAGUACAACCUGAGCCCUGCCGUGCGCCGUCGGCGAAAGUCACUUCCGAGCUACACCGGCGGCACUAACCCGGCACGGGCCAACUCUGCCAAGUAUUAUCUCAAGCGGCACUCCUGCUCGGUACAGUAAAGCCAGCUUCAAACCCUUCGAGGGACUUGUAUGUCACCAAGGACAAAAUUCAAAACACAACGAUAGCUCCCGAUUGCAAAAAGCGGAGCGCUGAUGACGUGCGGGGAGUAUUAGUGUCCACUAGGUUAAGCAAAAUUGGCAAAGAAAACGGGAAUGACGACUUACUCCACAUGCUCUACAGGAGUUGGCGUUGCGUUGGAUCGGUUUCAACGGUGAGUGACAUAUUUUGGGGCACGCUUUUCUUAACCGCGCAUUUGCCAUUUACAAACCAGAUCGCAACCAGAGUACAUACACCAGUAUUGCAUGGGCUUCAGUUUGACGAAUUUACAUGUUUUCUGGGGCGCACGUACGCCGGCGUAUUUUGAAUGGGGAAAAAAAUUGUUGUUUGUAUUUCAAAUUUAGCGAACUCAAGAAAAAGAAAACAUUAAUCAAAAAGACUAGUUUUUUUACGCAUAUACCUUUGGCUAUACAUGUAUAGGAGUGUAAAUGGGACGGACGAAAAGAGGGAAAGAAAAUUAAGCAAAUCCAAACAAGCAACCACCCCGUUUGCUACUGUGUAUUUGAUGUCAGAAACAGUCCCUUAAGCAAAUCAGAAUAUAAUUGUAACCAAAGGCAAACCAGUACGGCUGGGCGGAAUCGAAUUGUGACCAAAAUACUGCGUUUGAUACUCAGAAAAUCAAGAUUGCCGACGAAGGUGGGACAGAUUUGUUGACAGAUUUGGGUGCGCUGAGGUGAGCUGAGGUGACGUGGCAGUGAGUGCGCUUAAAGCUUAAAGCUUAACGAAAAUGGCAUCUGUUUUCCGUUGUUUGUUUGUGUCUGCUGUGAGAAGGAUAUAUAAUCGAAGUGCUUUGCACGCUUUCGGGACAGGAACGGGGUCACGUCACGCGACGGAAGCCAGGCUAGGUGGUAAACUUCUGCUGCCCGAGGCGUACGAACGAACGAACGUAUUUUGAAAACCUGCGUAUGAUACUUUUAUGCUGAAAUAUACAAUAAUAAUACAAAACCAACAUACGCUAGACGUUAUGGAAUAUACAUACACAUGGAAAAUAUUAAAGUCUUAUACAA